GGGCAGAAUCACAGGAUGCUCUUGUUUCAGGUCCCCUUCAAAGUUCUGUAUCUGAGUCAUCCUUGGAUUGAAACUCCUAGCUGCAAUGCCUGCAGAUUACAAUGGAACAUGGGAAAUGGAAUCCAAUGAAAACUUUGAAGGUUACAUGAUUGCUUUAGAUAUUGACUUUGCUACCCGUAAGAUUGCAAAGCACCUGAAACAAACAAAAGAAUUUGUUCAAGAAGGAAACAAUUUCAAGACAAAGACACUGAGUACCUUCAGGAACUAUGAAGUGAAUUUCACCGUAGGAGAGGAAUUUGAAGAGCAUACAAAGGGGCUUGACAACCGCACAGUGAAGACGUUAGUAAGCUGGGAUGGAGAUAAACUAGUCUGUGUACAGAAAGGUGAAAAGAAUAACAGAGGAUGGAAGCACUGGAUUGAAGGAGACAAAUUGCAUCAGGAGCUGACAUGUGAAGACCAGGUGUGUCAUCAGAUCUUCAAGAAGAAACAAUAAAUGGAUUAGGAUUUGAUACAGCUCUGCAAUGUGUAAUUGUUACAUGAUACAUUAUCCAAAAUGAAGUGAAAUGAAAUAAACUUAACCUAGUUCAAAA